AUGUUUAUUCAUAAAACUCAAGGAAACAGCACUGCUGAGCUGCAGCGCCUGGGGCUCCUGAACCUGGCGGUGUCUUUUUUUGUGACAACCGUGCCGUGCUGCGUUUUUCUCUUCAUUAAUCUGAUCACUUUAUUUACACUAAGAAGUAAAGAAGUGUUUCGAGAGACUUCUCGUUAUCUCCUCCUGUUUAACCUUCUGCUUGCAGACACUCUGCAGAUGGUCCACAGUCAGUCGAUGUUCCUCCUGUCUCUCGGUAGAGUAACGCUUGCGUAUCCCGUGUGCGCCAUCCUGUCAGCCGUUUAUUUUCUUUCUCACAGGAUUUCACCACUCACUCUGGUGGUGAUGUGUUUGGAGAGAUACAUAGCCGUGUGCUAUCCUCUAAGACACAGCGUUGUCAUCACCACCAGGAACACAACUCGAAUUAUUUCUGUUGUUUGGACUUUUACUUCACUAAAUGUUAUGGUUCAAAUAAUUAUAAUGUUUAAAUUUUCUGUAGAAGACCUGGAGAACACUCAGAUGACAGACUUUUGUGGAAAAGAGAGCAUAUUCUCUGAUCCAGUCUCUGACCUUUACGACAGAGCCUCCACCUAUUUCCUGUUUGUGUUGGGAGGCGUAACAGUCGUUUUUACCUAUACUGGUGUCAUUAUAGCAGCUCGUUCAGCCUCUGCAGACAAAACUUCAGCCAGAAAGGUUCGAAGGACUCUGCUUCUGCAUCUGCUACAGAUGGGCCUCACUGUGUCUUCAACGGUACACAGCUCACUUGUGAUGGUGAUCUCCAAAAACCUACACAGGGUUGUAGCUGUUCAACUGCAGAUUUUUCUCUAUGUUUCUUUAACUAUUCUUCCUAAAUGUCUGAACUGCCUCAUCUAUGCUCUUAGAGACCAGACAAUCAGGCCCAUCCUCGUGCUCAAUCUCAGCUGUCAGUGGAGAGGCUCCGGUUUGCUCUUUCUAAGAGAGAACUGAACGUAAUAGUUAAUAUAUUGCUGUGAGUUUUGCUUUAACAGCAACAGCCUGUGUACUUUUCU